UAUUACAUUACACAUAUCUAAAUUACGUAAAGACAACAAAAAAAACCUCUCCGAAAACAUCUUAGUAUUUGCAAAUAGACAAAUAAGUGUUUGUACCCACCGCUGCACUUGCGCAAGUCGUAACGAAAUCCCCGCUUCGCAAUGCAAUGGAGUAACUCGGUCCUAAAGACAGACAGUACUUACCGCAAAACAGUACAAUCGUGUCGUAUCGUACUGGCGGCCAUUUUGUUUUCAAUUUUUAAAUAUUAAAAAAGGAUUUUCGGAACCAUGGCAGACACGACAUCCAGCGACCUGGACGCGCUCCCCGACCGCAUCGCGGAAACCUUCACCGGUAUGAAGGUCCUCGUGACCGGAGGAACUGGCUUCAUGGGGAAAGUGCUGGUGGAGAAACUCCUCAGAAAGUGUCCAGACAUCGGCCAAAUUCUACUUCUAGUCAGAUCGAAGAAGGGGAAGAACCCAAAACAGAGGCUGGAAGAGAUCUUCAGUGGAGCGCUCUUCGAGAAACUCCGCGGCUUACGUGGCGGGAUCGAGCCUCUCCUGGAGAAGGUCACCAUCGUGUCCGGUGAUGUCUCCGAGGCCGACCUCGCGAUGUCUGAGGAGGACAGACAGAUGAUCAUCAACGAUGUGCACAUCAUCAUACAUGCGGCUGCUACUAUCAGGUUCGACGAAGAGCUGAAAAAGGCUGUUCUGCUGAACGUGAGAGGCACCAAACUGAUGGUGGAGCUGGGCAAGGCUUGCAAGAACUUGAAGGUAUUCAUCCACAUCUCGACUUCCUACUGCCACCUUCACGAGAAGCUUUUAGAAGAGAAGGCCUAUCCUCCACCUGCAGACCCUCACCAGAUCAUCCAGGCUGUGGAGUGGAUGGACGAGGGAACCAUCGCCACGCUGACUCCGAAAUUACUGAACAAGCUCCCCAACUCCUACGCUUUCACGAAGGCACUUGGUGAAGCCUUGGUGGUGGAGGCCAUGGAACACAUGCCCGCUAUGGUACUGCGACCCUCGAUUGUGAUCCCUAUCUGGCAGGAGCCUGUUCCUGGAUGGACAGACAACAUCAACGGACCCACAGGACUGUUAAUUGGUGCCGGCAAAGGUGUCAUCAGAUCCAUGUACUGCAAGAGCAACAGCUACGCUGAUUACUUGCCCGUGGAUGUCUUCAUCAAUGGAAUCAUGAUCGUCGCUUGGAAUUAUAUCAAGAAUGGUGACACCAAGUCCAACAUCAUCAACUUCACAUCAUCAGCAGAGAUCAAAGUCACGUGGUCUGAGAUGAUCGACGCCGGCAGAGAGAUCAUCAUGAACAGAGUCCCUCUUAACGGCGUUGUUUGGUACCCUGGCGGUUCGAUGAAGCACUCGCGACUGUACCACAACAUCUGUGUAUUCUUCUUCCACUGGAUCCCCGCCUUCAUUAUCGACACUCUUCUCUUCUGCCUAGGAUAUAAGCCUGUGCUAGUCCGCGUCCAAAAGCGUAUCACUAAAGGUUUCGAAGUAUUUGAGUACUACACCAACAACCAAUGGGACUUCAAGUCUGACAUCGCUCAGACAGUCAGACAGACUCUCAACCCAAGAGAGAGAAGAGACUAUAAGGUCGAUGCAGUUGGCCUGGACAUCUCCAAAUACUUCGAGGACUGCAUCAGAGCGGCUCGAGUGUUCAUUCUCAAGGAGUACGAUGACACGUUACCGGCUGCACGGAGACAUAUGAAAGUUAUGUACUGGGUAGACGUGAUCGUCCGCUGUCUCUUCUGGGGGCUCAUCUUAUACUGGUUGAGCGGCUUCAUGUCUACAUCCACAACCGUUCUCGCGGAUUCCAAUGAAUCUCCAACCGUCAUUGCUAUGGAUGCCUAGAUU